UUUGCUCCCGGAGGCCUGCGUGUGGGGAGUUUCUUAGGGAGGUGUUAUCUGAAUGUGAGAGAAACCAGAAAGGGUAAGGAAUUAGGGUCGCGGAAGGGUUAUAUUAAUAAUUUCUCUGGCGUGAAACGGUUGGAAUUGGACAGAUCUGGAGACUUUGGGGACUCCCUUCGGCAAUAUUUGACCUUUAGGCAAUAUUUGAGGUCGGCUGCAUCUUCGCUUUCAAAAUAAAAGAUCUGGAAACUUUGGAGACUCACUCAGACAGUAUUUGAGGUCGGCUGCAUCUUCGCUUUCAAAAUAAAAGAUCUAGUGGUAAUAUAAACAUUAUUGGUAAGAUGGCAAAUCUUCCAAUGAUAGAAGAUGUUUCUAGCCUUGAAAUCAAACCACAUUCAGAUUCAAGAUUUUCUAGUUUUCAAAAUGGAAAUACUAAUUGGCAUGAGAUUGGCUCAAUUAGCCUUUCAUGUGAUGUUACGACAAAGGUGAUGGAGGAAAUUGAUGAAAGUGAGAAAAUAGCAGAGGCUGGUGAUGAUGGUGGAAGACGAUCAUUUAAUAGCAAAACAAGGCUUGAAAUUAAUGGGAAUAUGAUUGAGGUUGGAUUGAUGCCAAAUGAUGCUCUAAUUUAUUCUUUCCCACGUCGAGAUUCUACAUGGAGUGCGACUUCACUUGUAACACCACUGUCUUCUGAUAUUAUUGCACUACCUUUGUCAAAUCAUCCUUCAAUGGCAACAAAAGGAGGAGAUGUGGAUACAAGCGAACAACAUCAACACCCACAAAAACAAGUUAAUCAAGGGGAAUGCUCACGAUUCAUGGAAUAUAUAUUGAUCCUUUCUCAUCUAGCGAUAUUUGGAAUUGUUGGGAUCUUCAUAAGGUAUGCAUUACAAAUCUUAUUUGGACCAGAUAUAGCCAAUGUGACAAAUCAUCACAGUGCUCUAUAUAUUAAUCUUCCUUCAAAUAUGGUUGGAAGCUUUUUCAUGGGAUGGGUUGGAGUUGUUUUCAAAACUAAAAUUUAUUUUCUCUCUGAAGCAUUGGCCAUUGGAUUAUCAACGGGAUUGAUGGGGAGCAUUACUACUUUUACAUCUUGGAUUCAAGAAAUAGUAAACUUAACAACUGAAAGACAUUGGGUAACUGGAAUUAUUGGUCUUCUUUUAGGAAUGGAGCUCUCUCAAAUGUCACUUAUACUAGGGAUUGAAUCUGCAAAUUUAAUUGAGUAUAUUCAUAAUAAAUUCAAGAAGAAACAUUUUUUAUUGAAAUGGAUCUCAUCUAAUGAAUACAACCAAUUUCACUUAUAUGGUUUUAUCGUGCUUAUGUUCAUCACUGGAAUAUUCUGGGGAGGAAGCUUUGUUUUAUUAGUGUUUGAUUUUACAUCCCACCAUAAGAAAAAAAUAUGGAUAGCUUGUAUAGUUGGACCAUUUGGAGUGUGGAUAAGAUGGUUUAUGGCACGCCUUAAUGGCCGAGGAAUUGGAGCACAAAAGAACUUAAAAUGGCUUCCAUUGGGAACAUUAAUUACAAAUCUCAUGGCAAGCAUUAUGAUGGCCACUUUAUCAACAAUUCAUCUAGUGGUUAAGGAUCAUACUUGGAAAUUUGUGAUAGAAGGCCUUCAACUUGGUUUUUUAGGGUGCAUGAGUACCGUGUCUACAUUUGUAGUAGAAGUUCGAGCCAUGCAUCAAAGUAGCCAUUCUUGGAGGGCUUAUGUGUAUAUAUUAUUAUCUUUGUUUCCAGCAUUUACUUUUGGGACUUUGAUAUACUCGAUACCAAUAUGGACUAGAACAGUUGAGCAUGUAGAGGUCAGUGUGCAAGAAGAAGUUGGAGAAGAGGAUGCAGAGAAAGCAGAGGAAGGAAAUGACAAGGUUGAGAAUCCUCCAGCUAUUGCAGUUGACCCUCUGGUCCCUGAGAAGAAUGCAAAAAAAGAAAAAGUGUGGGUUAAGGUUGAAGUCAAGUCUAAGGCAAACAACACUGCAAAGAAAGUAAAGGGAAAGAAAGUCAUUGAUGAUCCAAAAUUAAUUCAAGGUCCAAUUAACCUUGCCUCUUUAUCCCCAAUUCAAAAGCUUCAACUUACGUCAUUUGCAAAAGCCAAAGCCAGUGAAGGUCUUUUGAAGUCCCAUACUAAGGAUAAUAAACAUUUUGAAUCUUUUGAAAAGUCUACUAAUGAAAAAGUCCAAAAUGAAUUUAAUGCAAAGAGGCUUCAAAAUUUGAAAAGGAUGAUUGCCAAAGAUAAAGCCACAUUAGGAGAGUGUGUGAAGAGAAUGCAAGAUGCAUUGUCCAAAGGUGGGAACUUGUAUAAAUCAUGUCUAUCCUUGAACAAGUUCACUACAGAUAUUGAGAAGAAGUCUAAGGUGCAUGAGAAUGAGCUUGAAUGCAUAUCUCAGUCAGUUGAUUCCCUGGAAGCAUCAUUGAGUAGUCAUGAGAAUCAGGUAAUAUGUCUAGAGAAAAUCAGAAGCUUGAACUAUGAUCGGGAGAUAUUUUUUGGAAGAGUUGGUGAAGCUAGGAGUCUCAUUACUCCUACGAUGGACAUUAUGAUGAGUGCUCUUAGAGAUACUCAAGAUGCUCUGGCCAGCCAUGGUUUGGAAGAUAUAAAGAAAGAAAAGGCACAAUCUUAUUUGCUUAAUGGGUUCAUAACCAUGUUGGAGAAUCUGCAUAAAGGCUAG